GUUGACAGCGAUAUAGCAUCUAUUGAGUUAGGAAUAAGUAACACAUUUGGGGAAAUACUCUCUAAUUCUCCAAUCACUUUGUUGCUGAUGGAUUAAGGAGAAGUUUGAUACCACCUCCAUGCAUGUCUUGGGUGGCAGAGAGAGGCUGGGUAAGACUGGCACCAGGGUCCAAGUAACUGCAUGGAGAGGUUAAGAAGGAAAAAAAACAGUCAACAACAACAAGACAGGUAAGAACAGGGAACAAUGGGGAGAGGGCAGAACCUGAGGAAAAACUCACUUUAAACCCACCAGUUCAGCCCUCCCUUGCCCUUAUUGUCUCCUCCCUUGUGCGACGGCUGAAGGGAGGUGCUCAGCUGGGAGCAGGGAGAGAGAUAGCCAGCAGCUCCAAGGGACAGGCACAAUAUGAGAUGCACGGGAGUCUGAGCAAAGCUGGAACAGGGUAUCAUUGAGUGCUGUAGGUUGCUCUGCAGACCUUGUUUUCUGGAGGGAAACUGAGGGGCUGGACACAGGAGACGGACACAGGAAUUCCAGGUCACAAGGGCUCCUGUGGCAGAACAGUGUUGGCUGGGUUGGGCUGGUAUUCCAACCUCUCGCUCUCAUGGUUAUGAGUACGAAAGAGUAGCACCAAGGAGGGAGUAAACAUAAAGAAAAGGAAAACUCUUUGAAGCACCUUAAGGCUCGUGUUUUGCUUCAGUGGUCAACUUCGGACCUGACUCCCUCAUGAUGGGAUCAUCUGUGCUAACUUCUUUGCUGCUGCUGGUUUCCACUCUGGGAAAUCAUUUUGUCCUGGUGUCUGGAGGCUGUUCAGGGAAAUGCUGCAGAGGUAGAGACUUGAGCUGUCUGACCACUGACUGGAGGAUGGAUAGAGUGUAUGGGACAUGCUACUGCGACGAGGGCUGCGUCAGGACCAAGGACUGCUGCUUCGACUACUUCACUGAGUGCCCAGCUCAGGACUGCGCAGUGAGCAACUGGAGCUUUUGGAGCGGAUGUGCCAAGCCCUGCAAACCCUCAGUGCGAGUCCGUGUCCGACACGUAGAGCAGCAGCCAGGUAACAGCGGAGAGCCCUGUCCCAGCCUGCAGGAACAGAGUGGCUGCAGGGAGUACAGAGACCACCAGGGUGGACCCUGUGGACUCCACUCAGGUCCUGCAUUCAUCACCAGUGUGGAGUUUGGCAAAGGAAGGCCCAAACAUGACAACUAUGGAAACCCUCUCGACCCUGGGUUUUGUGUUGAAUUCACACUGGAGUCCCGGACACCCCACUGUACGGUGCAGAACCGGCCUCACACACACUGGAUGCGCUACAUAACCGAGGGCUUUAAAGUGUGUGUGGCAUGUGAGCCUCCUGCCAUGCGAAACAACAGUGGCAGCUGCCAAGGAGACGGCCAGGAAUCAGAGAAAGAGGCUGUGCUCCACUGGCAGGCAGUAGGGAACCAUCAGUGCAGCGGCACAUGGAAGAAGAUCCAGAGAACCCAGCAGUGCAACUGUCCACCCCAGCACAGCUUCGUCUUCAUCUGAUCACAAACUACGGACCACAGAAAACCCAUGAACUGAUGUCUACAAUACCAUCUCAUUAGUGAAGCGGAAACACUCAGAUCAGAUGUCUGAACCCAGUAAGCUUUUAAUAUAAGAACAGAUUUAAGCCAUACCAUUGUUACAAUGUAAAUGUUUAUAAAAAUAUGCUACACGUUGCUUUAUAAUUAACUUUCAAAUAACUAGUCAUGAUGCACAUUUCCAUUGUAUGUGUAACCUCAUAACACUGUAUAGACACGUGUUACUUGUACAGUCCUUCAGCUUUUUCUAUCACAUAUAAGCACCACUCGCAUUGAUCUACAUAUUUUAUUGAAACAAGGUAUUUGUUUUAUUCUAUUUACAAUUUUUUGUCAGAAAUAUGUAACUUAAUAAAAAAGUAUAUAUUUUA